AUGAGUGAUGGCUUCAUUAAAUUUAAAUAUGAAGUUACUUCUUUUGAAGUCAUUGAUUUUGGAAUUUGUGGGAUUAUGGAACUUUAUCCACAAGAUGAAGAAGGAUCAUUACUAUUAAUGCCACCAUCACCAGUCAAUUUAUCAUCACCAGAGACCUCAAACUGCACAUGGGAGUAG